GUAUGAACAUGAGUAUCAUCAACAUCCCCAACCACAAAACUAUGAAACCUAUCAACAGGGGUAUGUCGCUUUCGCUUUAUCAACAGAUUCAUCGCACAAAACCAAGCCGUCUCUUUACCUAGCCUCGUAAUCUGACCCUUCAACAGUUACUCAACGGAGAAAGAGACACCAUACGGCACAGUUGCUCCGAUCGGCAAACCUACUCCGGAUUUUGAGGGUCCUGAAGUGUAAGUACCCCUGCUUGAACUGUUUAUGAUACAUGUACUGAUCUCUCACACCAACAUCUAGAGUCCCAGGCCAGUUCAGUCAUUACCCUCAUGGGGGUCGACCAAUGUCACCCUCAUCACAUGGAGGCACCACCCUUACCUCUCCCCACAUUCGGCCAUAUGGAUUCAAGGAACAUGUCGACCCAUACGACAAUCAUGAAGCUGCUCCUCCGCCCGUGCCACCGAAAGAUGAUCGGAAAUGCGGCAUGAAGAAGCGGACGUUCUUUAUUCUCAUCGGCGUUAUUGUCAUUGCGAUUAUUGCUCUCGCUUUAGGACUCGGUCUGGGAUUAGGAUUAAACAAGGACGACUCAGAUGAGGGCACAGUUCAUCCCUUCUGUCGCGAGAAUCCUGAGUCAUGUAUUGGUGGCUCUCUCAAUUCCGAGUACCUGUCGAAAAAGGGCGUCUUCAAUGGUACAGGUAUCGCUCUAGCUGGAGAGUCUUGGAACAAAGGCCAACGACGAAUCUUCACGCUUUACUUCCAGCACCAUACAGGCGACAUCAGAUUUAUGCAGUAUACCACGGACAGAAAGUGGAUUGGUGGAGGCAAAGCCCAGACCGUUGCUGGUGAUGCAAAAGACGCAUCACCUAUAUCCGCAGUCGCUUUUGCCCUUAAUGAGACCCAAUAUUUCCACAUCUUCUACAUCGAUAAGAACAACACUGUCAAGCAACUGAUCCAGUCCAACACAAGCGACAUCUGGCAGCCAGGACCACUCAGCGACCUCAACCUCAAAGCCUUCGACUCACCGACUACUGGCUUGCAAGCUUGCUACAAGGGAAACUUCUACGGUGAUAACGACUAUACGAAGUUUCCCACAGCUUCAGGUCUCAAUAAUACAGAGCAAUUCGAGGGACAAACAGGCAUGAACAUCUGGUUCGCUACCGAUGACUCCACCUUCCUUCAGUACGCCUGGUACAGCGGCCAAGACGACACAUGGGCGAAAAUCGAACCAUGGUCCGGGUUCAACGGACAUGCCGGCGUAGGCUGCUACAGUUGGGGUGCAGGCACCACAUCGUACGCCAUGCUGAACAACAAGGACAACGAUGUGGAGUUUUGGUGGAAAGACACCAACCAAUCCGCUCCAUCCACGCCGACACACCCCAUCAACUCCUGGCAAAACGCCAGCAUGGGCGCCAUCAAGGAUGUGUACCCCAUCACGUCUCUUGGCUACACAACGUACUUUUACGCGCAGAUGGCGGAUCGAAGUAUCAAGGGGUUCAACAUCACGUACAAUGCUGAAAACACAACGUACAUCGAAGACGAAACAUUCACGGUUACUGAUAUAUCAAACUCCGUGGUAGGACUUGGCGGCACGCAUCUCACUGUUACAGCAUUUGCUGAGAAGCGUGGAGAGGAAACGUUGUGGGACAGUCUUUAUGUCUUCUUUCAGACGGCGGGUGAUGAUAUCACGGCAUUUACGAGGGGCCUGAAUGGGGGUGAGUGGACAAAGGGGUCUUUGAGUAUUCCAGAUGAAUGAGCAUGGGGUGUGGCGACGGACUUGAUGAUCUGCUUACGGUCGUUUGCCAUUUGUGUUUUUUUACUCGCAUCCUAUUGAGGAUUGGUGUCAGGCGUCUGGGACGUGAUACCUUUCAUACAAACACAGUAGUCCAAUCUGGUAGUUUGAAUGUAUUGCUCGGUUUAUGGCAUCAUCCUAUAGUACUU